AUGGCGGUGGGCGAUAACGCAACCAGCGACGAGAGUAAGGUAAACAGCGAGGAUACGGCAACAGAAAAUGUCGAAACUGCUGUGGAUACAAGUCUGAAGCUGCCAGCUGCGCCCACGAUUGAAGAGAAAGAGGAGGCACCAUUGCCAAAGGAAGAUGCAGAAAGAGAAAAAUUCGGAGAAAUGGAAGAAAAAGAAGAUUGUAUAAAAAGCGAAGAAACCGAAGAUGUUACGAAUAAAGCUGCUGAAGGAAAGUCCGAUGAGGAGACACGUGGCAGCAAGCGUCGUGCGUCAUUUGCAUUCAGUGAUGCCGGUGAAGAAUUUAAAGGGUUUGACCUUAUGAAACAUGAAGAUUUAUGUGGCGACUAUAAUAGAGUUUUGGAGCGGUUGGAAGCAGAAGUUCAAUCGGCCAUUAAGGACUUGAAGCCUAUUAGGAGUUUGAAGGUUUCCAUUGCUGCACGAGCAAGCAAAAGACCUAGACAGGAUACAGAUGGGUCCAGACCAUCUUCGGCAUUGUCAUCAAGGUCAGACGGUGAAUGGACAGAGUUUUCACCUCCGACGGUUACUGUUGGAAAUGUUUUACGGGCGGGCGGGUCGUCCGGCUCGGGCGGGUCGGCGGGCGUGCGCGGGCGGCGCUCCACGACGGAGAUGUCGUCGCCGCUGCUGCGCGUGCCGCUGGAGCGCGGCUGGCGGCGCGAGCUGGUGUACCGCGCCGCGCUCGACGCGCACUCGCGCCGCAACGCCGACAUCUACUACUACUCGCCGAACGGCAAGAAGCUGCGCUCCACCAGGGAGGUAGCAGAACACCUGGCGGGGACUGGUUUGACACUGGAAAAUUUUUCCUUCUUCAAGGAACCACUUGGUGUUGAUGAUCCCGAGAAAGAGAUUAUACGAGACGCCAAGUUUAUGCGCCGAGUGGAAUCUCCGGUGCCAGCGCCCCCGCCGACGACGGAGGGCAAGCGCACGCCAAAGCCCAAAGCGCCCAAAGGGGCCAGCCCCGAACCGGCAACACCAAAAUCGCCGCCCGCUAAACUCAAGGUCAAGUCUAUGGGAUCCCGGCUGAGCAACAACGGCACUCCGCCCGUCGCCAGUGUGCCCAAACAGCCACGACGCCUGCAGCCCGCUGCCGCCUCCGCCCCCGCUUCCGCUACCACUGCGACCGCUCCCGCCUCCGUCGACAACAACAACACCGCCGCCUGGAAGAAGCCAAGGGCGGCGGGCGCGUCUCAGCCGCUUCCGCUUCCGCACCCGCUCCCGCCCGCCCAGCCGCCGCCGCCUGCGCAAACGCUCCCGCCUCCGCCGCCCACGCAGCCGCCGCCGCUGCAGAGCCGGCCGCUGCAGCCGCGCGCUGAACCCGAAACUAAGCCGAGCCCGCGGCAGGUGGUGCAGCCGUGCUCGAUGUCGUGCGGGCGCGGGGCGGUGCCGUCGCUGGCGUGCGCGGCCUGCCUCUGCCUCUACCACCCGGCGUGCGCCGGCCUGCCCCACCACCACCACCAGCACCAGCCGCAGAACUUCCUCUGCAAGAACUGUAAGAAAUCGACAUCGCCGCCGCUAGAACCGCCUCCGUUGACGCACAAGUCAGGGGCGACAGCGAGCGCGGUGAGCGGAGUGGGAGCGGGAAGCGGGGCGGGUACAAGACGCACGCCAGCGCCCAUACCCUCACCCGUCCCAGUGCCCGCCAAAGUGCGGCCCGAUAAGAGGGUGCUGUUAAGAAUGAAGGUGGCAGGCGGUGGGGCGGACGGGUCCAGGGUGUGGGCAGUGGCGGCGCCGACGGCGGGUAGCGGAGCGGGCAGCGGGACGCCGCCGCCCGGCGUUAGGCCGACGCUGCCGCAGUCGCUUGCCGUCCUCAACGGCCGACGCUUCAUUGUCGUGCCCCGCUCGCUCGUGCACUCGGACCACCAC